AUGUCUUCGAAUGCAUCUUCAUCCGUCGCGCCCACAACCGCAGCGCCCAGCAGUGUGCCGCCAUCGACUAGUGAUUCUUUACUGCCCACAAGCUCUUCUACGCGCCUAACGACGAGCCCUACUUCGUCCCCAACGUCUACUAUGUCUUCCAGUAUAGCAUCAUCGACAACCCCUGUAUCAUCGCAGUCCACGACCAGUGCAGAUCCAAGUACACUCAUCACCAGCGACUUCCUCGUCACUCACGACAACUUCUUCAUCACUCACGACAUCCGCUUCAUCAUCGACGACUUCCUCACCACCGACAACUUCCUCACCACCGACAACUUCCUCAUCACCAACGACUUCCUCGCCAUCGCCCACUACAAGUACACUAACGACCACUUCCAGUGCGCCUCUGCAGACAUCAACCUCAUCGUCAUCUCAACCUUCAUCGACGUUACCUGGCACACCGUCAUCGUCGGUCACACCGGUGCCGGUCGUUACAACCCAACAACGACUGCGCCCUCUAUUAUCACAGAAGUUACCACUUCCACAAACAGCGCGGGAGCUGCUACCACUAUCACAGUAGCAGCUGCAAACCCCACCCUUGCCCCCGACAAUGUGACAUCAUCGGGUUCCGCGUUCUUCAGGGACACGGGCGCCGUGGUCGGUGUCUUCCUUGUGGUUGGUUUGGCCGUUACAUCCAUUGUGCUCUGGAUCUUCUUUUUCAUCCGACGUAAGCGUCGUAUCAAUCGAAUUGACCAUGACACCGAAAUCGAGGCAGCUGUUGCUGCCUCGGGCUUUGGUCGAUCUCCUUUGGAUGAUGACAAUGAUUACCGAGGUGCCCGAUCGCUACAAUCACAUUCUCUGUCUUCGGCACAGAUGGUGCAGCGUGGGAGCCCCGUUGGCUAUAUUCCUGACGGUUCUGGCUUACCCACUUCCGGUCAGCCAGUUUCAGGUGGGCCAUUUGAUGAUGACAAUGUCGCAUUCAAUCCCUACGCGGACUAUGUAGUUGAAGGUCUACCAACAAGUGGAGGGUAUAUUCAAACUCGCAGUGCUAGCCCUCCUCCGGAAGUUGAGCAGCAAGGGCCUUCUAGUAGUGGAGGAUUGCAUGACAUCGGUGAUUCCUCUCGGGAUCGGAAAAGCUCCUAUGGCCAUACCCCCACGUACAGCGUUGCAAGCUAUGAGCCGCUACUGGCCGCAUAUACGCAAGGAUCCUCUGCGGAGCGAGGUGUCAGCUCACCGCCCACACCGCCCCCGAGGAAUCCAGCACGACGUGUGCACCUCGACAGUGCAGCUUCCCGCCCUGCGAAUAAUUCAUUAGAUGGAGGUGCCGAUGAUAGGUUAGAUCCUGAGAUUCGGAGGCGGACCAGGUCGGAUAGCCUCGGCUCAGACGACCUCAAAGAUGAAGAAGACUACAGCCGACCGGUGCUCACCGUCCGCAAUAUGCCUGAUGGUCGCAGUAUAAAUUCUGCGCUGUGA